CGCGGCGGCCCGUAACGAGCCCGCUUCCGCUUCCGCCGCUUCAAGGGUCCGCUCAGUUUCCGGCGGCCGGCUGUGAGUGAGCAGAAUGGUGAGUCGGGUUGGGGAGGUCGGUGAGUCCGGGGUUUUUCGGUCUGCGGGCGCCGCAGCUGGGCCUCCCCUGGAGAAACCGAGAGGUGGCGAGGAGGAGGGAGAGGUGGACCAGGGUCCUGCCGCUUCCGUCUCUCUGCAUGGGCUUCGCAGAUUUAAUGCGGUGUCAUGGCCCGCCCCCUACCUGAGGCGGGGUGGAUGGUGUGCGGGGGGGGGGGGGGCGGGCCAGAGAGCAAGGAAGAGCGGGGCUAAAGGCCUCGAGGGCCCACUCCACCACCACCCCCGCGCUGCGGCGGCGAAGAUGGUCGCGGAGGUAUCCGGGCCCCUUCUGGGAGCUCGCUGUCAAGCGUUAGGCUGUGACGGCCUUGGCGCUCGUCGGUUGUGGUGACGCCUAAAGUGAGACCUAUGUGGCCACUAGUCGCAUCUGCCAAGGCCAGUCUCUGGUGUGGAAAACACAUACACAAACACCUGCCCGUCUGUCUAUACAGUACAGUGGUACCUCGGGUUACAGACGCUUCAGGUUACAGACUCCGCUAACCCAGAAAUAGUACCUCGGGUUAAGAACUUUGCUUCAGGAUGAGAACAGAAAUCGUGCUCCAGCGGCGUGGCAGCAGCAGGAGGCCCCAUUAGCUAAAGUGGUGCUUCAGGUUAAGAACAGUUUCAGGUUAAGAACAGACCUCCAGAACAAAUUAAGUACUUAACCCGAGGUACCACUGUAUUUCAAACAUGUAAAGUAGACUGACUUUUAGUAUGCCAUUUGAUCUUCUGUUUGUUCCCAUUGUUAGGGUCAAAGUCAGAGUGGUGGACAUGGUCCUGGAGGUGGCAAGAAGGAUGACAAAGUAAGAAAAUGUAAAAAUGUUUUUAUCAGCUGUAAUUCCUUGAGAAAUGCAGCAAUACAAUUUUGUUUAGAAACUCUGUUCUGUGCUAAUUGGGCAGCAUUUCCUCGGGUGUAUCAUUGUGUAAUUGAAUUUGUACUACAGUAUCCCCAUUUUUUGCGAUGUAGAUGGCUUUACUUGCUGCAUAUAGAUAAUGCCUUAAUCAUAAAACAUUAUCAGUCACCGCUGUGUUACAUUGACACACAGGAAAAUACUGAAUUUAAUAAUCUAGAAUCCAUUAGUACUACAAUGAUUAUCAAGAGUUUGUAAUCAGAAACUUUUAAACACACGUUUUUCACCAACAUAAACUUCCUCUGUCCUUUCCAUAGCAGCAUUUAAAUAAUCUUACUAACCGCAUAACUAAAACAUCUCAUUUUGUGCCUUCUAUUGUUUGGAGCCAACUGAGUAGUAGUCCUCUUGGACAAAUUGUAAGCAUUGUAUGCUCUGAUUUGUUUCGGAGGCACACUGUGUUUCUUCAGCCACCUGGAUCUUGAUUUCUAAGGCCAUACAUAGUAAGAUGUGAAACAUUAGCUCCAGUUGCCAAGAAUCACAGCAGCAUGGAGGAGGAUGUGUUAUCUCAGCCUGUUUGCUGGACUUGAAAUUGUCUAUAGUGGACCUUUGGAGGUCACAUAGGACACAGUCAGGAACCUGUGGUUGUAGUUUAUUGAUCAGAGAGCUAUGUUUUAAUAAUUUGCUUCCCAGAUUUUUGGUAAGAGUUGCAGAUUGGAGUUGCUUCAGUGUUUCUCCUUGUACUGGUCUAGGCCAGGGGAAACAUGUGGCACUCCAAAUCUCAUCAGCCUAUCCAGCAUGACUAGUAAGUAGUCAAAGGUUUUGAAAGCAGUAGUUCAGCAAUAUCUGAAGGACCACGGGUCUCCAUCCCUGGUCAGCAGUCAUAUUUCUUCACACUGCAGUGCUAACUCUUGCACAGGUUUCAUUGGGGUCAAUUCUUUCAUCAUUCUGACUCUUUCUACCUGAUUCUUGAAAUAAAAAGGAUAAGAAGAAGAAAUAUGAGCCUCCAGUUCCAACUCGAGUGGGGAAAAAGAAGAAGAAGACAAAGGGACCAGAUGCUGCCAGCAAACUCCCACUGGGUAAGCGCAGCUGGUUUGUGCAUAUUUCAGGAAGGGACCAUCACAGAGUACGUGUUACAUAUAGAAGAGCCCCAGUUCAGGCCUGGGCAUCUCUGCUUAUAAAGCUCAGAUAGCAAGGCCAGAAGAGGCCUCUUUGCUUGAAACUUCAGAGAGCUAUUGUCAAGCCGAGUGAAAGCUAGAUGGAUCAACGGUUUGAUUUGGCAUGAGGCAACCAUUUAUAUUUGUAACAUCUGCUUACUACUGUGUCAUGGAAUCCAGAACUUCGAGCCUGUAGGUGUCUAGUUAUUUUCAACUUUUAGAAUUUAUUUUAUAAUCUGAUUACUGUGCAAAUACUGGAAGCACAGAGCAGAUUUUAGCCACAUUAAAACAACCUUUCAAAUACACCUACCUUGACUCUGAGGUCAUUUCCAAAGGCCUUUCUCUGAGUGUGCUCACCAAAUGAGGUGUGGUGGUGGGUGAUUACUGGAGAGAGGGCAUUUUCAGUGGUACAGUACUGGUUGUGGAAUUCCCUCUCCAGAGAGGCUUGCCUGGCACCCUGUGUUAUAAUCCUUUUGCUUUGAAAUUAAAUAUUUUAGGCUGCUGUCCUAAAUUCAGUAGGACUUCUGAGUUAGACAUAGUUAGAGUUGUGCUCUUAGUGCUUUUUAAUGCUGUUUUAUGUGGUUUGCUGCCCCUGGUUUUAUUUCUUCUAAUUUUAUUGUGAUUAUUUGUUUUUAAAUCUCUUAUGGGAUUUGUGUGAGAACAUUAAGAUGUUGGGCAAUAUACGAACGUAAGUAAAUAAUGAACACAUUUAUCCCUCAAAAAUAAGUCAUAAUAAUAAUAAUAAUAAUAAUAAUAAUAAUAAUAAUGGCUCCUCUCCACACAAGAGUUUUGACAUGAAAUCUUCCUUCUCACUGCAGUUCAGAAUAAGAUAGCUCCCCCUGCAUUCACAGGAAAGUAGUAGCUAAGGGUAGAAAGCAGGAAACCCAGGCAAAUUUUAAGAGCUUAAAAAUCCCAUUUAGUUGGCAAUCCCACAGAAUGAAGAUACCAGUGUUCUCCCCAGAGCUUCACUCACAAAAUUUGAAAAAAAUUAUUCUUUGCCUUUUUCUUUAUAGUAACUCCUCACACCCAGUGCAGACUCAAACUGUUGAAAUUGGAAAGAAUAAAAGAUUACCUUUUGAUGGAGGAAGAAUUCAUCAGGAACCAGGAACAGAUGAAACCUUUGGAAGAAAAGCAAGAGGUAUCUGUUGAGAGGCAAAUGAUUCUCUCUGCUUAUCCAUCUCCAGUUAUUAACUUGCUCCAGUCUGUAUCUCAAGCCAUUUGUUUGUAUACUUUCCACCUUCUGCCUCUUCUAUUCAUUUAGUGAAACAGGCGUUGCCUGAGGAAAUCUCGUUCCGAAAUAAAUUGUUCAGAAUCGUGAAUGACCUUGCCAUGUUUCUGAAACUGUGCUUAUUAUAUAGAGAACAAAAUGGACGUGGGUUAUUUCUGCACUUUGAAAAUCCACUGUAGUCCAGCAACAUUAGGAGGGCCACAGUUUUCCCUCGUCCUAUUGGCUCAAGCUAUGCUAUGAAGCAGAAUAAUCAUUUUUCUGUUAGAAGCAUAAGAGAGUAAGCCCUAUAGGUGUUCUCAGGUAGUGUGUUAAAGAAACUACAUUGCAAGUUUAGUAUACCAUAGUAGCUAUUGGUCUGGCAAAUAAAGAUAAAGAAAGAAAGGAAAAUCCAAUGCAUCACAUUUUUAGCUUGCUCUUCUAUUUAUAAGGUUUACAAACAAAGCCAUUUAAAAUGACAUCCAAGGUUCUCAAUACAAUAUAGAUUUAUAUUGAGAAGGAUGCACAGGACUCACCUUUGUUGUUGUUUAGUCGUUUAGUCGUGUCUUACUCUUCGUGACCCCAUGGACCAGAGCACGCCAGGCACUCCUGUCUUCCACUGCCUCCCGCAGUUUGGUCAGACUCAUGUUUGUAGCUUUCAGAACACUGUCCAACCAUCUCGUCCUCUGUCGUCCCCUUCUCCUUGUGCCCUCCAUCUUUCCCAGCAUCAGGGUCUUUUCCAGGGAGUCUUCUCUUCUCAUGAGGUGGCCAAAGUAUUGGAGCCUCAGCUUCACAAUCUGUCCUUCCAGUGACCACUCAGGGCUGAUUUCCUUAAGAAUGGAUGCGUUUGAUCUUCUUGCAGUCCAUGGGACUCUCAAGAGUCUCCUCCAGCACCAUAAUUCAAAAGCAUCAAUUCUUCGGCGAUCAGCCUUCUGUAUGGUCCAGCUCUCACUUCCAUACAUCACUACUGGGAAAACCAUGGCUUUAACUAUACGGACCGUUGUUGGCAAGGUGAUGUCUUUGCUUUUUAAGAUGCUGUCUAGGUUUGUCAUUGCUUUUCUCCCAAGGAGCAGGCGUCUUUUAAUUUUGUGACUGCUGUCACCAUCUGCAGUGAUCCUGGAGCCCAAGAAAGUAAAAUCUCUCACUGCCUCCAUUUCUUCCCCUUCUAUUUGCCAGGAGGUGAUGGGACCAGUGGCCAUGAUCUUCGUUUUUUUGAUGUUGAGCUUCAGACCAUAUUUUGCGCUCUCCUCUUUCACCCUCAAUAAACGGUUCUUUAAUUCCUCUUCACUUUCUGCCAUCAAGGUUGUAUCAUCUGCAUAUCUGAGGUUGUUGAUAUUUCUUCCGGCGAUCUUAAUUCCGGCUGGGAAUUCAUCCAGUGCAGCCUUUCGCAUGAUGAAUUCUGCAUAUAAGUUAAAUAAGCAGGGAGACAAUAUACAGCCUUGCCGUACUCCUUUCCCAAUUUUGAACCAAUCAGUUGUUCCAUAUCCAUAUCUAACUGUAGCUUCUUGUCCCACAUAGAGAUUUCUCAGGAGACAGACGAGGUGCUCAGGCACUCCCAUUUCUUUAAGAACUUGCCAUAGUUUGCUGUGGUCGACACAGUCAAAGGCUUUUGCAUAGUCAAUGAAGCAGAAGUAGAUGUCUUUCUGGAACUCUAGCUUUCUCCAUAAUCCAGCGCAUGUUUGCAAUUUGGUCUCUGGUUCCUCUGCCCCUUCGAAAUCCAGCUUGCACUUCUGGGAGUUCUCGGUCCACAUACUGCUUAAGCCUGCCUUAUAGAAUUUUAAGCAUAACCUUGCUAGCAUGUGAAAUGAGUGCAAUUGUGUGGUAGUUAGAGCAUUCUUUGACACUGCCCUUCUUGGGGAUUGGGAUGUAGACUGAUCUUCUCCAAUCCUCUGGCCACUGCUGAGUUUUCCAAAUUUGCUGGCAUAUUAAGUGUAGCACCUUAACAGCAUCAUCUUUUAAAAUUUUAAAUAGUUCAGCUGGAAUAUCAUCACUUCCACUGGCCUUGUUAUUAGCAGUGCUUUCUAAGGCCCAUUUGACUUCACUCUCCAGGAUGUCUGGCUCAAGGUCAGCAACCACACUACCUGGGAUAUACGAGACAUCCAUUUCUUUCUGGUAUAGUUCCUCUGUGUAUUCUUGCCACCUCUUCUUGAUGUCUUCUGCUUCAGUUAGGUCCUUUCCACUUUUGUCUUUUAUUAUGGUAAUCUUUGUACGAAAUGUUCCUUUCAUAUCUCCAAUUUUCUUGAACAGAUCUCUGGUUUUUCCCAUUCUAUUGUUUUCCUCUAUUUCUUUGCAUUGCUCGUUUAAGAAGGCCUUCUUGUCUCUCCUUGCUAUUCUUUGGAAAUCUGCAUUCAAUUUCCUGUAUCUUUCACUAUCUCCCUCGCAUUUUGCUUGCCUUUGCCCCCCCCCCGCUAUUUGUAAGGCCUCGUUGGACAGCCACUUUACUUUCUUGCAUUUCCUUUUUGUUGGGAUGGUUUUAGUUGCUGCCUCCUGUACACUGUUACGAGCCUCCAUCCAUAGUUCUUCAGGCACUCUGUCCACCAAAUCUAAAUCCUUAAACCUGUUCCUCACUUCCACUGUGUAUUCAUAAGGGAUUUGACUUAGAUUGUAUCUUACCGGCCCAGUGGUUUUCCUACUUUCUUCAGUUUAAGCUUGAAUUUUGCUAUAAGAAGCUGAUGAUCUGAGCCACAGUCAGCUCCAGGUCUUGUUUUUGCUGACUGUAUAGAGCUUCUCCAUCUUUGGCUGCAGAGAAUAUAAUCAAUCUGAUUUCGAUGCUGCCCAUCUGGUGAUGUCCAUGUGUAGAGUCGUCUCUUGUGUUGUUGGAAAAGAGUGUUUGUGAUGACCAGCUUGUUCUCUUGACAGAACUUAUUAGCCUUUGCCCUGCUUCGUUUUGAACUCCAAGGGCAAACUUGCCAGUUGUUCCUUUUAUCUCUUGACUCCCUACUUUAGCAUUCCAAUCUCCUAUAAUGAGAAGAACAUCCUUCUUUGGUGUCAUUUCUAUAAGGUGUUGUAAGUCUUCAUAGAAUUGCUCAGUUUCAGUUUCUUCAGGACUCACCUACUCUAGGUAAAGAUAGGGCGACAUAAAACAAGCUUGAUUACUUAGGACUUUAAGAAGCACAAACUUAAGCAGAACCUAUUGCCAGUUUUACAUUCUUGCUAUCUUGCCUAUUUGCAGACUUUCUGUUCUAACAUAAUGGAAUUAGCUUGAGGCCCUUGUUUGCAGGUAGGGACUGCCACCAAAUGUGGCCCUAUCAGUCCUUUCUCUACUGUAGACAUAGAAGGUUGGCAGGGUGAUGGUCAAUCCAUGCAUACUUACAUUUUAUUUUUGUUUGCAGGAAGAGAGAUCAAAGGUGGAUGAUCUGAGAGGGACCCCAAUGUCUGUAGGGACACUGGAGGAGAUUAUUGAUGAUAAUCAUGCUAUCGUGUCUACGUCAGUGGGAUCAGAGCACUAUGUCAGCAUUCUCUCUUUUGUAGACAAGGAUUUGCUGGAGCCAGGGUGUUCAGUUCUGCUUAAUCAUAAGGUAAUUAUUGUCAUAUUUAAAGAUGAGUAGCCUGCCUCUGAAAGUACGUAACAUUUACUAAUAUUUAUUUAUCUUAAAAAUUGUGCCCCACUCUGAAGCUCAAAAAUCUCCCAGAGCUGCCAGGAGCAAGUAAGACAAUCCUUGCUUGCCAGUUUUCAAUCUAAAAUACAUGGCACAAAAGGAAAAAAGGUUGAGGGGGAAAGAAGAAAACAAACUUAGGCACCAAUAUUUAAAAUGGAAUAGAAACAGUUCAGAGAGAGAAGAACCAAAUGGAUCUAGUUCUUGUCUUUCCCUCUGCUGCAGUCUUGAGUUUGCACCAUGCACAUUUUGACUACCUGCUGUAGUCUGGGCAUGACAAAUUUGAAAAGGAUUCAGACUUAAUGGAGAACUCGGAGGAGGGCAACAGAGAAAGUAAACACCCCUGUGUAGAGAGAGCUGAUCACAUGAGGUCAGCUAGUUAUGAGAUUCUAGAUUCCUAUUGAUUUGAACAGCGCCAGGUUGUUGCUUCUUUGGAUUAGAAUGGAAAGGUAUGAAGAAAAGCAAAAAGAAAAGUGCCUCUUUUGAUCAGCUGUGAAAUCAUUUUCAUGAGAGGAUAAUUACUUGUCAUCUGCUCUGCCACUUCCCUUGGAAAGCUUAGUCAAUGGAAAGUGGCAGACAAUACCAGUUUCUUUUAAUUUUUGUCGCUGGUGUUGCAGCAUGGUGUAAUGAUGUAGCCUGAGCCAUGCUUAAUUGGAUAUGUAGCAAACUUGCCCUGUUGACCAAUAGGGCUGCAGCAGUUUGGCAGCAGCGUCUGAAAUUCAGUUGACAUUUUCAUUGAAGUUACUGCUGGAAUGCUGGAAUUGUACCUGUUCGUAACUUAGAUCACACUAUUCUUCUUGCAUGCAUUUGUAUUUGUAGACGUGUUUAGGGCCCAAUAUGCAGCAACCAAAACCUGGCCUCAGUAGCUUAUGUGUACUUGUGUUUGCUGUUGACUCUUCCGAGAGAGUCAGAGAACUUUUUUGCUUGUGUGCUGCUAAUGUAUUCUGUUACUGUAACUGGCGGCUGGUGUUUCAUUUUUUGUUUUCCCGAUAUGGCAUAUUUUUUAUUUGAUUCCCUCUUCUUUUCUACGGUACAAUGUAUUUAUGCAGCCUUUGGGUGACAAGCGACCAAUAAGUUUAUUAUAAAUAAACAAACAAACUUUGUCUGUGGUGUAGAGAUCUGCCGGAUAGCACUGUACUUUGGAGCAGGCAGAAGCAGCAGAGGUCGCUGCUGAUUUGGGGUGGUCCUGGGCAUCCUUUUCUGGUGGUGAUUUUGACCAAGCGAGCUGGCCCACAGACCUAUGUCAAUGACAUUUAUGCUUUGUCUCCUUGCUAGGAAUGGGACAAACACUCAGAUAAGCGUGUUGUUUCUCUCCAACCCAGACCCAAGUGAAUUACAUGCAAUAUUAUUUAUUGGUGCUGCUGCCUGUUUUGAUUAGGUCCACGCUGUGAUAGGAGUCCUCAUGGAUGACACGGAUCCUUUAGUGACAGUGAUGAAGGUGGAGAAAGCCCCUCAAGAGACAUAUGCAGAUAUUGGAGGCUUAGAUAACCAGAUUCAAGAAAUUAAGGUAUUUAUACUUUCAGCACUGAUGAAAGAAGGAGCACUGAUGUCACAAUUUUAAAAAAAGUAAUAAAAAAAAGUGCUGGUAUUUACUUGAUUCUACUGCUCAGCAACUACUGCUGGAACUUCAACUGUAUUUUGCUUAGCAGAGAGGCGGUCAGGUAAUGAUCUCUCUUGAUGGUGCCACAUGUCCCUGCGGCUUGAGAGUGUGAUUGUAGUGCUGAGGCUCCAGUCCACUACAAUUCUCUUCCUUUAGAAAUGAAGCAACCUCCUGUUCUGUUUUUCAGUGUUUGUUGAGAAAUCAUCUUUUUCUCUCCCAAGCCUUUCAAAACGAGUCGUAUUUUAUCUCUGCAGUUUUUAAUUCUUGUUCAUUUUUUAAAAAUACUGUUUACAGUCGUACCUUGUUUUGCGGCCGGGAUCUGUUCUGGAGCCCCAGCCACUAGCCGAAAAGGAUGCAGGGCAAAGCGCUGCAUUUGCGCACAUGCGCAGAGCGGUUUGCGCUUCUGCGCAUGCACGAAGCGUGAUUUAUAGCUGCUGCGCAUGCGCGAGUGGCAAUGUUUUUCUAUAUUGUAAUAUUUCAUGUUUCUAUCAUUGUAAGCCACUUUGAGACCCAGAUGAUGGUGAAAAACAUUCAUGUAUGUAUGUAUGUAUGUAUGUAUUAUAGCACCUUGCAAAGAAAUUGUGCACUUUAAUCCUAUAAGAGGAAUUAGGCUUACAGAGAAUUGCCUGGAACUAUCCAAGCUCAGUGACGCUUCAAAUCUCUGUUUCUCAGGGUUCUUGUUUCUCAGCUUGAAACUCCAGCUCUUUCAUCACACUGGGGUCUGUCGGAAACAUUGGAGUUAACAGCAUUUGUUGCUUUAAAAUACUCAGUGUUAACAUUCACUUUUGAAAAUUCUAAUUUUGAUCAUUAAUUCACUGCCCAGUCUGUGAUUUUUUUUUCAGCUAGGAAGAGCUAAUAUACAGAUAGAUAUGUUGUUGCUUCUUCCUAUAGGAGUCUGUGGAGCUCCCUUUGACCCAUCCUGAAUAUUAUGAAGAGAUGGGUAUCAAGCCACCCAAAGGAGUCAUUCUGUAUGGACCACCUGGCACAGGUACUACUCUUCUGUCAUUCUGGUUCUAUAUGUCUCUAAAUGUUGACACUCCUGGCUGCACCUCAUGAUUGGUACACAGCUCAUAGAUAUUCUGCCUGGAGGCUGGAGCAAUAAGGUCUUGCUAGUAUCUCUGGCAUUGUUCUUUAUAACAGUGUGGUUCUGAAAUGUGGGAUGUGAUAAGCUAAUAUUUACCCAUGAGGUGCUGCUGAAAAUGCCAUCUUCUGUGGAGGCUGGAUUGGCUCCACAAGGCACAGUGCCUUUUCUGCUGCAGUGCUGAAAUUCUGGAAAGCUUUUUCUGCAAGGAAGCCCAAGGCUGCUACCUGCUUGGCAGGUUAAGGCAGGUUGUGCCUUUGCAAAUUGAGUUUGCAAAAUGUUUUUCCAGCUCUUUGUCUACUUAUUAAUUUUUAUUUUAUAUUGCCUUUGGGUUUAAACUGACUUGGAUAAUUUAUGUAUUGAUUUGGGUUUUUUUGUAUUGAUAUUGUUAUUUUUUUAGAAAACAUCUUCACCAAAUAUGGCCAUGUUUUCCAGACAUUCCUUUAAUUGCAUUCUCUGCACCAACAUUCCAGUCAAGCAUAUUAUUAUUAUUAUUAUUAUUAUUAUUAUUAUUAUUAUUAUAUUACUUAUACCCCACCCAUCUGGCUGGGUUUCUCCAGCCACUCUAGGCAGCUUCCAGCAAAAUAUAAAUAUAAAGCAUACCUCUCCCCAGGAAGCAUGAGUUCAAGUUGUAGGAACCUUUUGAAGUACUGUAUUUUUCGCCCUAUAGGACGCACUUUUUCCCCUCCAAAAAUGAAGGGGAAAUGUGUGUGCAUCCUAUGGGGCGAAUACAGGCUUUCGCUGAAGCCUGGAGAGCGAGAGCCUCUUGCUCUCCAGGCUUCAGGAAGCUCUGCGCGGGGCUCCCGAGGGUUCCGCGGAGCUGCCUGCGCUCCCGGGCGCGCAGCUCUGGCUCCCGUUCUGGGGGGUGGGGCCUGGGAAGCUCGGGCUUCCCCCACCCCAGCCCCGCGCCUGUAAGGGGGAAAUAAUUUUCCCCUUUAUUCCCCCAAAAAAAAUCUAGGUGCGUCCAAUAGGGCGAAAAAUACGGUACUUCCAAGGCUGUAGCUGAAUUGUAAGAAGAAGAAGAGUUUGGAUUUCAUAUCCCGCCUUUCACUCCCUUUAAGGAGUCUCAAAGCGGCUAACAUUCUCCUUUCCCUUCCUCCCCCACAACAAACACUCUGUGAGGUGAGUGGGGCUGAGAGACUUUAGAGAAGUGUGACUGGCCCAAGGUCACCCAGCAGCUGCAUGUGGAGGAGCGGAGACGCGAACCGGGUUCCCCAGAUUACGAGACUACCGCUCUUAACCACUACACCACACUGGCUAACCUCAGAGGUUAAUUUAUCAUAGACAAUAUGGGUACCUUGUGGAUAGUUCCAAACUGCAUGCAUGCAUAGCAUUGUAAUGCAGAUUAGUCACUGUUUCUGCAAGCUCUAAAUUCAACUGUGUUUUGGAAAUCAAACAGGUAAAACAUUACUAGCCAAAGCAGUCGCAAACCAAACCUCUGCCACCUUCCUGAGAGUGGUUGGUUCUGAACUCAUACAGAAGUACCUGGGAGAUGGUCCAAAGCUUGUUCGAGAACUGUUUCGAGUGGCUGAGGAACAUGCCCCGUCAAUCGUCUUCAUCGAUGAAAUCGAUGCUAUAGGUACCAAAAGGUAGGACGUUGUCGCUUUAAUGUGGGAUGUAACAAAUGCAAUUCUAUGAAUUGGUUUCAUUUCUUCCUUUCUUUCCAGUCAAUCAAUGAUAGGAGUUGGGACACAGCAGCUGUGUUGCAUUCUGCGCUCCCCAAAGGUUACUUUGCUUUUGCUCACAGGUGUUUUUGCUACAGAGCCAGUCUUUGUUUCAUGCGAGAGUUCCGUUAUGGACCCCUGCAUCCAUUGGUCAGUUCGGCUGUGCCUAAACCAGAAGUUGCCUAUAAUCCUGAUAAUCCCAUCUUGCAUUUUUUUAAAAAUUCUACCCCACAUUGUAGGAGUAAGUUUGAAGAUGCUAUGAAGCUAACUUCUCAUGUAAUAUAGGUGCCAAGAGCACUCUCAGACUAUACUCUAACUGAGCUAUUUGUAAGACCUGUUGUAAUAAUUACUGGAGGCUAAACCAGUCGCUUAAAAUUUCAAAGGAAGACCAGAUAGAAGUUGCUGAAACAGAGCAAAUUAUGCGUGUGAAAUCUGAUGGUAUUGUAAAAGCACCUGUUCCCCAUCUUGAAGGCUUUUUGUGCUAUUUCAACUGAUGGCAGGGGAAAUGAGAAGGGACAGAAAAGACUUGCAGCAGCUAUGUGGUGCCAAGUAAGCAAGUUCAAGCAAAGCAGUGCCAUUUGUAGACCAGCUUUGAGUCCAGCCUCUUAUCCAUCCAGCUGAAUGGGGUAUCUCAUCCGCUGGGUUUGGAAAUUUAAAAAAAGAGGUUGGGGGAGAUCUCUGUGUAGCCAUUGCUUGUGCCAUAACUUAUUUGCCUGUGAUUGCUCAGUGAUUUUUAUUUAGAGAUAAAGGGAAAUGCGAUCUUCUGUGGAGACUGCUGCAUGCAACUUACUUUGAUGUUAUUCUCUCCUCCAAAGAUACGAUUCAAAUUCGGGGGGCGAAAGGGAAAUCCAACGAACAAUGCUGGAGCUGCUGAACCAGUUAGAUGGGUUCGACUCACGUGGAGAUGUAAAAGUGAUCAUGGCCACUAACAGAAUAGAAACACUGGAUCCAGCUUUAAUCAGGCCAGGUGAUCAUUGUGUUGCAAAUUAUUUCCACUUGUUUUUUGCAUUUGACUACUGACUAUGUUGCAGUUUCUCAGUAAAUAAGCUAAGUGCUUCCUUUAUGUAGCUUACUCUUUAUUGAUGUUAUUACGGGACAUGACACUUUUAUCCAAGCAAAAAUGGGCAAGUUCCUCUCCCUCAGUGGCUCAUAAUCUAGAUUUAGAACCUGGGGAGAGGGAGGCGUGAAAAAUGAGGGAUGUGAGCAGUUACAGUUCCGCAUGCUAGAUCCCAGGGUAUGGUCUGAAGACAAAUAGUACAACAAACUUGUUGGAGCUGAGCAAAUCAGGGUGUGGUCAGUACCUAGAUGGGAGAUGGCCUGGAAACCCUCAAUGGGCCACCUUGAGUUCCAUGGAAGAAAGGCAGGGUGUAAAUGUAAGAGAAAUAUGUAGUUUAUGAAAUCUAACCUCAGGGGAUGCUUAUCUCCGUUAGUCAGGGGAACAUAUUAGUGUGGAGUAGAAAGUGCCAAAAAUUGUUUAUGCUGCAGUUGCUUGUUUGCUUUUCAGAUGGCAUGCCAUCAUUUGCUGGAUAAAACUUUUUUAAAGAAGUAAACUGUUUAGUCGCAGUGUGAAGCCACCACCCAAGGAAAUCCUUCCAUCUCAGUAAAAAUCUAAGCUGCCUGGUUUUUGUUUUUCAAUCACCAGGGCGUAUCGAUAGGAAGAUUGAAUUCCCUCUGCCCGACGAGAAAACAAAGAAGCGCAUCUUUCAGAUUCAUACCAGCAGAAUGACUUUGGCAGAUGAUGUCACACUGGAUGAGCUGAUUAUGGCUAAAGAUGAUCUUUCUGGUGCAGAUAUUAAGGUAAGAUGCUUGAUAAACGAAGUUUCUCCUCUUAACAGUAAAUCAUCUCAGCCUCCUUUCCUCAUAUGUUUCAUCCCUUCUCACAAACACCAUUAUUUUUAUCAAAUUUUAGAGGAACUGUUACCUGAACAUUCUUGAUUUUUGAAAGGGUUAGUUUUAAAAAAAAUAUGAACUGGCAUCUUCCAGUUUGCCUGAUAACAAAUUUCCCGUGUCAUGGAAGUAUUUCCCAUGUUAGUCAGCUAUUUUGCCUCCUCCUGAGUUAGAAAGUCAUUGAUAUUUGGAAGUGGGCCUGUCUUUGGUAUGAGGGGCCAAAACUCAUGAAAUGAGGGUAAGAAAUGCUUGAAUAUUUUGCCAAAAUUUUGCUAGAAGCUUGUAGGAAUCAGUGACACUUGCAGAAUGCCUUUCGUGGGGAAGGAGGGAGCAGCUAAGGCCUUGCAUUCAUUGUAAUCCAUCUCAAGUGUUCAAGUUAAAAUGAUAGAACAUUAAAAUCACAAUACGACAGAUAAAAUGCAACUGAUAAUCAGAAGGGCCCCAUUAAUUAAUUCCUAGCAUUAACCAACAGAAAAGGCUUGAGGGUGUUUCAUGAGGCAUGCUUUAACAAGAGCUGAAAUAUUGCCAGCAUUGACACGGGUUGGAGGAAUUGAUAGGAAGGGUGUUAACUCCGAAUGCAGGAAAACUAAGAGGACCUCUACAGUUGAGUAUGAUGCUCAGACAGGGAGGUAUGGAGACACUUGCUCAUAUGUCUUGAUAAGAGAUGAGAUGCAGAGUUGAAAAGGCUCUGGCCUGUUUUGCUUCCUUGUCUUUCACUGGUGGGUGCACCAUGGCUGACUCACAAGAUAUCUCCUCCAUUUUCUUGCUUAAACCCAUGACACUUCAUUGUAAAAACUUCAAUUUUGGCAUUUCACUCAAAUGCUGAAAAGAUUCAUUGGGCUCUGCUUCUGCGAGAGCAGAGUAUGGAGAGGGAAGGAACCAAAAAAAGUAUGUAAAGAUUACUGUGUGUUACAGUCCAAUUGCCUUUUUGUUUAGUUAAGAUAUGAACCAACCUUAACAGACUUAUGCCCCGAUCUUGUGCAGGUUUAUUUAAAAGUAAGUCUCAGUCAGUGCUGUGCUGCUUACUCCUAAGUAAGUAUGCAUAGGAUCGCUGCCCUAGCUGGACAAUAUUGCAAGUAUUGCUUACUGAAAAUUAUUUUUUCACUGCAUUGAAUAAAAGUGAGAUUCAUAAUUUUCUAACCAGAGGCUUCCAUCUCUGGCAGGCUAUUUGCACAGAAGCUGGCUUGAUGGCUCUGCGGGAACGGAGAAUGAAAGUAACAAACGAAGACUUCAAAAAAUCAAAAGAGAAUGUUCUUUAUAAGAAACAAGAAGGCACCCCAGAGGGCCUCUAUCUGUAACUUUUUACCUUUUGUUUGUUUGUCCUGGGGCAAGAGAAAUUAUUGGAACCUUCCUUUCAGAGUACAGGAAAAGCAUGAGAAAUUAAAUGCCUUGGGCGGAAAGAAAAAGCUUUUGCUGCUUGAAGCAUUGUUUAAGUGAAUUCCUCCACAUUGUAGUUUUAAACACUUUAUUUGCCAUUAAAACCUUGGUUUCCAAAUGGAUUGGAA